UUCUCUCUCUCUCUUCAGAUGAGGUUUUCCUCAAUUCGAACCUUCUUUCUUUCUACUCCCUGCCAACCUGCCUGCACCCCUCACCCCAAGGUGUCCAAGUAGUUCCUCAUUCCUCCCUCCCCUCCCCCCACCAUGCUGCUUACUCAUGACAGUCUGACAGAGUUAGGCUUGCUAGACGCUAAGACUCUUGGGCUCCCAUCCUUCUUUCUGUCCCGGGCGUCAGUAUUCUUGGUGGCCUGUGCCACGAUGGUUUUGAUGUGUGAUUAAACUCUUGAUUUGUUGGGCACUUUCUCGGUGUUCUUUUUUUUUUUUUCAGCUUAUGAGCUUAUGAGGAACUCAACCAUUCUUUAUCCUCAUUGUGAGAGGAAAUAGCUUCCCCUUCUCCUGUCUCCUUUUCCUUUCUCUUCCUCAGGCAUCAAAGCCUUCUAUAAAACUCUUGUGUGGCUCCCUUAACUCAUUGGAUGGCAAUCUUUUCUAAUUCCUUUUCCCAAGGUGUGUUCUAGAAGCUUCAGUCUUACAGAGACAAUAGUGUGACGCCCUAGGGUCUGCUCUCCUGCCACGUGAGCUGUCUUGGUGCCUUCUCUAGCUCUCUGGGCUCACGCUGGGGGAGGACCCAGAAGCUUCCUGAGCUCUCUCAGGAGUCACUUCAGUCAUAAAUGCCAGGCUGUUCAGAGGCUAUCCCUUCAAAAGAGCUCUGGGAAGCCAACACCUUCCUGAGGCUGGGAGUUUGCUACCUACACCAGCCCUAAACCCACUGCUCUGCUAACUGCCUGGCUGGUGCUCUUCAGCUCCCAAACCUGACCCCUGGCUCAGUGUGCAUUCUCCUAGUGUGCAUCCCCACAGCUGGCCUCGGCUUCAUUUAUUUGAUUCAUUCAAGACAGACAGCAGCAGUCUGUGCCCAGACACUCACUCACUCUCCCUUCCCCUCCACAGGCCUGAGAGUAUGCGGUUUCUCCCCCCCUUCUGCCAUGGACCCCUCAUUGUGACUUUCCUCUCAAAGCUUGUGGUGAAACUGGUAGAUUAGCGGGAACAAUGCCCCAGACUCCUAUGAGACUAAUCAGCCCUUAUGGCUCUGAUAGGUUGGUCCAGUUAGCUGCGAGGCUGCGGCCAGCACUGUGUGACACCCUGAUCACCGUAGGAGGCCUGGAGUUCCCGGCUCACAGCCUGGUGCUGGCGGGUGCAAGCCCCAGGCUGGGCUGCAGGGGCCGGUGGGCUCUGGCUGAAGGCAUAAGCCCUUCCACCUUUGCUCGACUCCUGACCUUUGUGUAUGGAGAGACUGUAGAGCUAGAACCUGGGGAGCUGGGGAACCUUGAAGAGGCAGCCAGAGCCUUGGGGGUACAGGCCUUGGAAGAGGCAUGUAAGAGAGCUCAAAAGGGCAAGUCAGAGGACGAGCUGGACCCAGGACUGGAGAGGCACCAGCAGUUAGAAGAAUUCCCGAGGGGUUCUGAGAGAGGACUGGGGGGCCCUGGAGAGAAACAGAAAGCAGAGAAGGAUUUUAGAAGUACCAGGAGAGAACAGGAGAUGCCACACGAGCUCAGAGAGAGCCCUGAGAUGGCGGGAGUAACUAGGCUGGUAAGCUCAGAGGAGGCAUGCAGUCCAGCCCCCGGGGGCUCCAGGGCAGCAGAGAGGAAGCCAGGAGAGCUCAUGCAAAGGAUAGCGAGCGGCCAGGGCUCUGAGGAGAGUCUUUGUGGGUGCCCUGGUCCCCGUUCCCCACCAGGUCCCCUCCUAACUAGCCUCAUUCCCAGGCCCUGGUGGGCUGAAGCCCCUGGGUUAGGGGAGGGCCAACCCGCUCUGUGGAGCCUCUUGCUGUGGCCGUCCAGAUAUGGCGCCCCCUUCUCCCAUAGUAUCCCCAUCACUGCGGCCUGGCAGGUCUGGCCUCAAGAUCAGAGGAUCCCACUGACCUUGAGCCACUCCAAAGGUCUCUGGAGUCAGAAUCAGCUGGCUUCCUCUAGCCGCACUCCAGGAUCUCUUCCCCAGGGCACUGAAAAACUCAGCCCUUGGGAGAUAGAAGAGUCUGGGCAAGGGGACACAGGCACACUGGCAACCUGUGUGAGUCAAGAGCGCACACUGAACUGCCCGUCUUACCAACACCCUCCCCUCCCCUCUCCUGCUCGCCCUCGGCCCUAUUCUUGCUCUGUCUGUGGAAAGCGGUUUUCGCUCAAGCAUCAGAUGGAGACACAUUACCGAGUCCACACAGGAGAGAAGCCCUUCUCCUGUAGCCUCUGUCCUCAGCGCUCCCGGGAUUUCUCUGCCAUGACGAAGCACCUGAGGACACACGGGGCUGCUCCCUAUCGCUGCCCUCUGUGCAGGGCUGGCUGCCCUAGCCUGGCCUCCAUGCAGGCGCACAUGCGCAGCCACUCGCCUAGCCGGCUGCCGCCUGGAUGGACCAUCCGCUCCACCUUCCUCUACUCUUCCUCGAGGCCGACACGGGCCUCCAUCUCUCCCGGUAGUCCUACCUCCUCCACUGCCACCUGACCGGGUGUUGCUAGCUUCUCUCUGGCUUGACAAGAGUCCAACCAAAGAAUGAAAGGCAGAAGGGCUCAGCCAGCACCGGUGCUAGGGCGGCCUGGCAAAUUUAACCGCAGAAGAGCCGCGGGACAGGGGCUACGAACCCUCUCCGGAUGAGCGAGUUGCAGAAGCCUCGGCCAGCUGACGAGUCCAAGUUAAGGACAGUUAACUUGGUGAAGAUGAACUGGGGACUGUCAAUUUCAUCACAAUAAUAAAGUUUCCUGUGCUCUCCAGUGA